AUGAUAAAAUCAGAUUCAAAAACAAGCUUCUGGAGCUAGAUAAAGUCUUUUGUAACAACUAAAGAUCUCUUUGGUCACCCAAUUACUCUUACCUAUAAGAAGAGUUCUACAUAUUAAUCAUUAUUCGGAGGAUUGAUUUCUAUCUUCUUCAGAAUUUGUAUUGUAGUCUAUCUUGUAAAUGAGCUAGUACAGGUCUAUAACAGGAAAAGUACUAUAGUAAAUAGCAUGUACGUCAGAAAUUAUGCUGAGGAGACAUCUACGUAGAAGUUUACUCUGAAAAACUUUGACAUUGCUUAUUAAGUCAGCAUAAUUGGAAACGAUUAUCUAAAGCAAAACAUAGAUAAAUUCGUGAGUGUUAAUUUGAGACAAUAUUAAGUCCUCAGAACAAGUGAUGGAAUGUUUUCAUUGAAGGCUAAUGAUAUUCCUCUCGGUAAAUGUGAUGAUAGCAGAUUCAAUGGGGAAAGUUCUUAAACUUAGGAAUUUGGAUUAUAAGUUGACUAUCAAUGUCCUCUAAGUCUAAACUUCGACCUAUAUGGAAACUUGCAAGGCAAAAAUUCUAGCUUUUUAAAAUUAUCAGUCUCCUAAUGCUAAGAGAAUACUAAUAGUACUAAAAAAAGAUGUGCAUCUUAAGCUGAAAUCGAUAAAGUAAUGAGCUCACUCAAUGUAAACAUUGCUUAUAUGAGUCAAUAUUUUGACGUGAAUGACUAAUCUUCAUAACCUGUAAAGACCUUAAUCAAAACUUUGGUUGCUACGACAGUACCAAAUCUAUCUUAAAACUAUAUCUUGAAAGUAAGUUAGAAUUAAGCUCUUCUAAGUGACUCCAUUUUCUCUAAUUAAUUUGGAGAGAGGGAUUUGACUUACUCAAGUAUCAGCUCUGAAAGUUCAUUUUUAACAACUACAUAAAACUUGCUAUUCUCUGAUAAUUUUCAAGUCUACUUUAUACUUGAUGAGAACGUUUAAAUAACAAAGAGAUAGGUUUACACAAUCUCUGAUGCCUUAUCAUCCACUGGUGGAAUGCUAGGAUCAUUAGCUUUAAUUCUGUCAAUGGGGCUUAAAAAACUAUAAGAAUACUUAUUUUUCAGAUCAGUUAUAAAUGAUUAGUACUUUGUUCAUAAAAGUUAUCUCUAAGACUCUAAGACCAGAAAGCAUAUCUAAAAUUCUAAUUAGUAGAGUAGCAAUACUUCUAUGAAUAGUAUCAACAAGCUGAGUACAACCUAGGAUUAUUUAAAGAAAAAUUAUGAAAAAGGGUAAAUUACAUCUGGUGGGCAGUAUGAAAAAUUACUCGAUAAUAUAAAGAAUAGAAUAAGGAUAUUCAGUGGUAUCUCAGCUAACAAAAGAUACAGACUUUAUCAGAAGGCAAAAGAGACAAUUGAAGGUCAAUUAGAAUUACAAAAAAUAAUGAAAACUAUGGUCGGUCUAAAAUUUCUUAACAAGAUCAUUUUGUCAAGAUAUCAAAGGCAACUUAUGAUUUAUUCAAAGGCGAACUUAGUUGAGCUUAAUGAGGCUUAGCCUUAGAAAAUAACUAUAGAAAUUUUAAAGUAGAAAUUAGAAAACAAGUAUAAGGUUGAUGAUUAAGUCUUAGACUUCUAAAGUUGCUAGAAGAAUUCUUAAAAACAUCGAUUCGAACUAUCCUGUGAAAAAGCUACUCAUCUAGAUAAGUAAAUGAAUAUCGGCAUUUUAAACAACUUAAAUACUUAGUUCCAAAAAGACCUAAACCACAAUUCAGUUUCAAUUCCCUCUAAAGAGAGAAAUGUCUCAAAGCCUACUAGAAAUACUUAAAGAUUAAAUUCUAAAUCAUCAAAAUAACCCUCUACUAAUAAAUAAGCUAAAAAUGAAAAAAUCUAAAUGAGAGAUAUUGAAAAUUUUUUUGAUAUCUCAUAAAACACAAGACAUUUAUCUGAUAACUCUUAUAAAGAUGAUGAUGAUAUUUAUAUUGAUAGGAUUAUUAAGGAUGAGCUCUAUAGAUAAGAGGAUAAGGUUCGAUAAAAAUGA